AUGGGGAAGAACUCGGAGCUGAAUGUCAAUACUGAGAAUAAAGUCCAGAUCGCCUCUUCUCAGCCUGAAUCAGUGGAUGCAACUCAACAGGACGUGAAGCUCGAAUCUGCGUCACAGGACUGGGGGUCUAUGGACGACUCGGAGUUCAUAUCUUUUGUGAACAAACUUAGUCAAAACCACGGUCUCCAUCAGCCGGUUAUUACCUCACAGACUUCAAGUGAUCAAGAGAGAAACGCGGAGGAGGACGAGAAUGUUGAUGGCGACAAAAAUGAGGCGGAACCUGGUGAUCUGAUUAUCAAUGACAUAAACUCUCUAGACCCAGAGGAAGUCGAUCCAGGAAGUCAGGAAUUAGAAUUUGGCGAUUACGAAAAGUAUUUUCGUCACAAAACUUUAAAGCAGCAGCAGCAAGACCAAGAAUACGUCGAGUUCACGAGGAAAGCACGGAAUUUGGACUACCCUCCUAUUUUCCAAAAUUGUGUUAUAUACGUGAACGGGAAGACGGACCCUGACGUACGGCAGUUGCACAAACUUAUAAUUCUUCACAGUGGAAAGUUCAUUCACAUGCUUGGGGCAAAAGGUAAUGCUACUCAUAUAAUAGCCGAAAACCUGACACCUCAGAAGAAAUUGGAGUUUAGGAAUUAUAAGGUGGUGACUCCAAAAUGGAUAGUCGACAGUGUGGAAGCUAAAAAGCUCCAGCCAUGGGGAGACUAUAUGCUUAUUCACAACGACUACGGUCAACGCAGACUGGAUUUCAAGAUCGAGACCACCAAGGAGCAGGAUGAUCCGGAGAUCUCCCAGUUAUCGCAAGUGACAGAGCCAGAUGAUAACCUACAUAAAAGAGAGGAUAUAGACAUGCCUGACCAUAUGAAUUGCAAGCAUCCGAAUUUCUUGCCGAAUUUUUUUGCAAAUUCCAGGCUGCACCAUUUGAGUUCAUGGAAAGCAGAUCUGAAGUCACGUUUCUUGCAGCGCGCUAUCAGCACACUUCAAAGCCGCGGUCAUAAUUCCCGGCCAGCUGACAAGAACGUCAUUUUGCAUGUCGAUUUCGAUUGUUUCUUUGCAACAGUUUCCGCCUUGACUUGCAACCCUCCAAUAGAUAUUAACGAGGUCCCCGUUUGCGUCACUCAUGGAGGCAACACCUCAGACAUUGCGUCUUGUAACUAUGUUGCCCGACAAUAUGGCUGCAAGAACGGCAUGUGGCUGCGUUCUGCGAGAAGGCUGUGUCCAAACCUCGUUUGUCUCGACUACAAUUUUGAUGAGUAUGAACGGAUUUCCAACAUUUUCUAUGAAAUUCUACUCUCUUACGACAUUGAUUCGGUUUUGCCAGUUUCGGUAGACGAGGCUCUAGUUGACAUAUCGAGUAUGAGUGCUUCGCAGCAUCCACUGGAGAUAAUGAAAGAUAUUAAGAAGAAAGUCUACAAUGCUACCAAAUGUUCUGUUAGUUGUGGCAGUGGAUCUAACGUUUUGCUAGCCAGACUGGCUCUCAGGAGGGCCAAACCGGAUGGCGCAUUUCACGUCGAAGAAGCUCAUGUCACCGACUUUCUAGAUACUAUCAAAUUCUCUGAAUUACCGGGUAUAGGACCUCAAAUCUGCUCAAAGCUGGAGAAUGAGAUGCAAAAGACUGUAUUGAUGGUAAAGGACAUUCGCAAAAUACCCAAGGAUAAACUGGCUUCUAUAUUCGGGCCCAAGACUGGUGCCACAAUCUACAAUUAUGCUCGAGGAUUGGAUGAUACUUGCAUCGAUAUUCUCAAAAACCCAGAAGCUUUCCAAAGAAAAUCGAUCUCAAUUGACGUCAAUUGGGGAAUAAGGUUUGACAAAGACGUGGAGGUGGAGAAAUUUCUCAGCGAUCUAGCCAAGGAGUUGAGUAAAAGACUUGCAAAUGCCAAAAUGGUGGGCUCCUCGGUCACACUAAAAUUAGCUACUCGACACCCUGACGCUCCUAUUGAUCCACCAAAAUACCUCGGAAUGGGUGAAUGCGAGUUUGUGUCUAAGACUUCGAGACUUGGACAUUUUACGCGUGAAGCUGGCGCUCUCGGAAACGAGUUACGAUAUCUAUACCGAAUGCUUAAUGUUGCAGUGAAGGAGUUGCGAGGAGUCUCAAUUUCAAUGAAUAGACUGUCUUUCGAGACCAAGAAAAACGUCCAUGGGCUGGAUGCUGAUCAAAGGUUGCUACCUCUAAAUCCGACUGCCAAAACUCUCGACCCGAUUCCUGCUGCAAAAUCGCUACCUGAGAGCACUCCCGAAAGGAAAGCCAAUACGAAGGAAUACAGGAUCCCGGAAAACGAAAUCAACUGGGAAGUCUUCAAUGAGCUACCAACAGAAAUACAAGACGAACUGAGACAUGAGCUGGGAAGAAGACAUUUGUCAAUCACCGGUUCCUUAUACCGCUCUCCAAAGAAAAGGAAAAAAGACUUUUUCAAUGACUUUAAAUCUCCAACCAAGAGAAAGCUUGUCAUGGACAAGGUUCUGGUAGAUUCAAAUUAUGUGGAAGCCAAAUCACGGCUUUCCUUUCAGAAAAUACCCAUCACCCGAUUUCAAGAAGUUUUGGACAAAUUGAAGUUGUGGUUCGACUACACGAUACGAAGCGAUGGUCCUCACGAGAUGGAUCUCGAUUUAUUUAAUGAGUUUAUGUUUAGCUUGUUCGAGAUUGGAGAAAUGACAAAAUACGAUUCCAUUGUGCGACUGUUCGAGGAAAAACUCAUUUUCUCCAAAUCUCAUCCGGCAUACGAAGAGUGGAAACGCAUAACCACCGAGCUACGGACAAUGCUCAAUGAAGUUAAGUAUGAUGAUUUAGAAUUCAAUUACUAG